AUGAGUGAUGUAGAUAGUUUGACAUCACCAACAGCAACAACUGUUGAGGAUAAAAAUAAAAACAAUACAAUAAACAACAGUAAUAAUAAUAGUAGCAACAAUAAAGCAAUAUUACCAUUUGACAUAAAAUUCGAUGAAAAUUUAAAUAAAAAUGAAAAAAUUAAUCAAAUGCUUCAAAAUAUAUUUGAAAAUCUUCAAGAGCUAAAGAAUAGAAUGAUAGUCAACAAAGAGAAAAACUCUGAAUUUUUUAAAAUUGGUAAUGAAAUAAUAAAGAAAUCUGAAGAAAAACAAAUACAAUCAACAAUCAUAGAUAAUAAUAAUAGUACUGUAAAAACAAUAACUGAAAAUACACCCACAACCAAUAAUGUAAAUAUAGAAACUCAAAUUAAAAAAUAUCAAGAUGAAAUAGACUCUUUAAAAGAACGCUUGGCCAUAAAAGAAAAUACAAUUAAAGAUAGAGAAACAGAAAUUUCAGAUUUAUCAAUCCAAACAGAACAAUUAAAAAAAAUUAUAUUUAGGUUAGAAAAAGAUAAAGAGGAUUUAGAUUCAUCAAAUUCAGAAACAAUUGCAGCAAUCUCGGGGUUGGUAGAAAAAGGAAGAUUACAAAUGAAAUCUCUUCAAAGCGAAAAAUCAAAAUCAGAGCAAUAUUUAAAACAGUUUAAUGAAGAAAGAGAAACAAAUAUACACAUUAGAAAGGAAAACCAAUUAUUAAAACAAAGAGUAACAGAAAUGCUAUUUUUAUUACAAAAAGCUGCUGAAGGAGAAGAGUAUUAUUAUCAAACUUAUUCAAACGAAGUUUAUUUAGAAAAUCAAUUAUUAAGAGAUUUAUUAGAUGCUUCACAAAAUAUAAAACAUUUAAAUAUAAAUAAUAAUAGUAAUAAUAUAAAUGGUAAUAAUAAUAAUAGCGAUGAAAAUAACCAUAGUAACGAUACCAAUCAAAACAAAAAUUAA